AGGAUCCCUUCUCCGUAAAACCAAACUCCACAAACCUAAACAUCAAUUCUUCUUGACUCGAAAAUUAAAAAAAAAAAAAAAAAAACUCAAAGCGGCAAAGAGUCAAACACUUGAGCUCCAUAAGGCACUGGUACUGUCAUUACAUGACUUGAAAAUCACCAUCAAUCAAAUAUUUCCUCUCCUCUCCGUUCUCUCCCAACGACAAUAAUGUUCGGUACUCCGUCUUCCACUCCUGCCUUUGGCACGCCGUCUUCCACUCCGGCAUUCGGCACCCCCUCUUCUACUCCCUUAUUCGGCACCCCAUCUUCCACACCAGCAUUCGGCACCCCAUCUUCCACACCAGCAUUCGGCACUCCUUCAACGCCGGCUUUCGCUUCUGGAGGAUUCGGCUCUUCUUUGUUCUCUACUCCAUUUACUUCUCAAACUCAACAGCAGCAGCAGCAGCAGCAACAACAAACUCCGUUUUUUCAACAACCUUCUGCUACUGGUUUCGGAUUUCAGCAGCAACAGCAGCAGACUCCGUUCGCUACGCCACUUCAAAUGACACCGUUCCCUACUCCUCAAUUGACUACUCAGAUGGCUCCGGUUGCUCCUCUUCCUUUCUCUCUCGCCGAUCGCGACAUUCAGGCAAUUGUGGAUGCUUACAAGGAGGAGCCUGGGAACCCUAAAUAUGCAUUCAAGUAUUUGCUGUUAAGUGUAACUGAUCCACAGCAUAGAGUGAAGCCUGCUGGUGUAUCAGAAAUCAUGUGGGCGGAGGCUAUGGCAAAGCUAGAGGGUAUGGACAGUGCAGAUAGAGAACGCCUCUGGCCUCAGCUUGCUCAAGGUUUCAAAGAUCUUUCUAACCGCCUGAAGCUCCAAGAUGAAGUAAUUGUUUCAGAUGCAGAGAGAUUGCGAAUGACCCAAAGCAAUGUAAAAAUGCUUCAAAGGCAUUUUCAAGCUGAGACUCUUCCAUGGAUUGAAAGAAUGAGACAAAAAGAGCAAAGUCUUCAAAGGCGUCUUUUAAGGGUGAUGAGAAUAAUGGAGGCAUUGGAGGGCAAGGGUUGCCGAUUGCCCUUAACAAAAGGGGAAGCUGAAUUGGCUGAGAAGUUAGUUGCGAUAAUCAGGCAGCUAAAAGGAUCUGGAGCAGAAUUUUCAAGGAGAGUUCAUAACCUACUCACUGUAUCUCGUGUUCAAGCGAAUGGAAUUGGUGCCGGCGGUUCUCUUUAUCUUCCAGGAUCAACCAAAAUACAUGAAGAGAGUCUUGCUGAUAUGCAGGAGGUUUUACAACAGCAGACUGAAGCUAUUGCAAGGCUUGGCAAUGUGUUGAAGCGGGAUAUUAGGGACAUGGAAAUUAUGAUGGCUGAGGACACAUAAAUGACACAAUACUUGAACUAGAGAUACAAGCACCUGCUGAUUCUUGGACAUGUUGCCAUUUUGUUACUGAUUCAAUUAAGAAGUGAUCUGUGAUUGAUACAAUUCAACUCCGACAAGAGCUGUCAUAAAACUAAUCUCAAAAUUCUCUCCCCUCCCUGUUGUGUCCGUGUUUUUUAGCACCGCCCCUCCCCCAUCCACCCCAUUUUUUGUCUUAAAUUUUGUUAGUUUCUGCUUGUGACGUCACACCACCAUCAGUGAUGGCGAGGGUACGAGAUGGAUCUUGUUAGCUUUUACUGCAUUUGUCAAAAGGGGAUUUCAAUUGAUCAAAGGAGUCUCGCAGCUCUCGGGAGCAAGGGUCUUAAGGAGUUUCCCUAAUAAGCUCUUUAUUUCGCUGGUUGUAAAGAUUAGUAGUUUGUAAUUCAACUAUGUGCAAGCCUAGUGUAACGUGACUGAUUUCUAGCCUA